AUGAACUCCACUACAACAUCCCAGCUAAAACUUCUGACUGCUUUAUAUCCAACAUGUGUCCGCGAAGCGACGGCUGUCCAAAAUGUGGUGCCAUCCAGGAAAGGACGCCAUGAUGUCUCUGAUGACCAGUCUGACUUUGGUGCCUUGGUGUACAUUGUGGUUGUGCUGGUGUUUUAUUCUGCAGGUGUCAUGGUCAUGAUCGUCCGCUACCUCAAGACUGAGAAGAAAGAACUGGAAGAAGAAGCAACCCUGGAGAACUUCUUCAAGUACAUGCCUGACAGGAGACGAGCACAAGAAGACAUCGUCAACCGGGUGGCCAUCCAUGCAUUUCAUACUCUAACCUCCAUCUCGUACGAGGAGGACGAAGCUGAUGAACUCGAGUUAAUUUCGGUAGCCUCUUCGCCUGAUCCCCUGCUUAUCACGGGAUGA